CUAACGUGAUCAUCGACAGCUGCCCUGAAGAACAAACAUAUAAAAUACUUCCUGCUACUAAGAUCAGUGAAAUGGAGGCUGAACUGACAACGGGGUGCAGAGCAGAAGCCUCAACUAGCAAGCAAGUUGCAGCAAUGAAGAAUUGAGUGGUAGAAUUCUGGCAGGCGGGGCUUUCCUGCAUAACACCGGAAGUGAAGGCGGAGCCUCGGCCCUUUUGUCUUGUGAUUUUGGGCAGAGAGCCACAUGUUGAAAUAUAACGUCUCGGAUCUCUACCUCCCUAAUCUACAAUAUCAAUAGACUAGACAUAAACAUUCCCAUCUGGUUAACUUCGCCUGAACUCUGCAAUCGACAGUAACGGAAGAAUCUACAAUGAAUCAGGAAAUGCCUAUCCCACCCCACUCCUCCCUCUCCCUCCAACCCUCCUCCCCCUUCACCCUCCCGGAAUCCCCGUGUCGUGCCUCUCCCGGUAGCGCCUUACUGCUGGGUAUGAAGAGGUUGUCUGUGUUGCUGGUGGACUGCAGGAAAACACCGGAGCUGAGGCACGGCCGUAACCGCCGCUCUCUCAGUAGAAGAGGCAUGUCUGGGGAGGCUAACCAACAUGAUGCUGACCAGGCAGCGAACAGUGUCUCCAGAUCAGAACACCUCAAACACCAGCAGAGAAUUGCAGGGAAGAAACCUCACCGCUGCUCUGACUGUGGAAAGAGUUUCACCUCUUCAGCAAAACUUGAAACACACCAGAGAAUUCAUACUGGGGAGAGAACUUAUAGCUCUUCAGACUGCAGGAUAAGUAAUUUGCAACUAGGAAACCUAACAAAACACCAGCUGACCCACACAGGAGAGAAACCUUUUAGCUGUGAUCAAUGUGGGAGGAGAUUUACUAAGUCGGGAUCCCUGACAAUUCACCAACAAAUACACACAGGAGCAAAACCAUUUCUCUGCACAGACUGUGGGAAGAGUUUUGUUCAAUUAGGCAACCUGAAAAUUCAUCAGCAGACACACACACAAGAGAAGCCUUACCACUGCUUUGUCUGUGAGAAGAGCUUUUCAUCUUCACAGGGUAAUAAGGUGCACCAGAGAACACACACCGGAGAGAAGCCUUACCACUGCUCUGACUGUGGGAAGAGUUUUGCUGAUUCAAGAAAUCUGAUACGGCACCAGCGCAUACACACAGGAGAGAAACCUUACAGCUGUGAUCAAUGUGGGACGAGAUUUACUAGCUUGAACUCCCUGAUACAACACCGUAGAACACACACUGGAGAGAAGCCUUACCACUGUUCGGACUGCGGGAAGAGUUUUACUCAGGCAAGCAACCUGAGAACACACCAGCGCAGACACCUGGGCCAGAAGCUUCAUCACUGUUCAGAUUGUGGAAGUAACUUUUCAACAUCAAGGGAUUUAGAGCUGCACCAGCGAACACACACAGGUGAGAAACCUUACUACUGUUUCAGCUGUAGUAAGAGUUUUGCUAGAUCAGACGGACUGAUAGUGCACCAGCGAACACACACAGGCGAGAAGCCUUUUAGCUGUGAUCAGUGUGGGAAGAGAUUCGCUCAGUCAGCACACUUGACUGUACACAUGAGAAUACACUCUGGAGAGAAACCAUACCGCUGCUCAGACUGUGGAAUAGGCUUUAUAAAUUCAAGUCACCUGAAGGUACAUCAGAGAGUACACACAGGAGAGAAGCCUUAUAACUGUGAUGUAUGUGGCAAAAGUUAUGUUACAUCAGGAAGUCUGGCUUCACACCUUCGAACCCACACGGGAGAGAGGCCUUACCAUUGUACCGACUGUGGGAGAAGCUUUGGCAAGUCAGACCAUUUAAAAGUACACCAGAGAACACACACAGGAGAGAAGCCUUACCAUUGUGCCGACUGUGGGAAAAGCUUUACUGAGUCAGGCAGGUUAAAAUCACACCAGAGAACACACACGGGAGAGAAACCUUACCACUGCUCUGACUGCGGAAUGAGCUUAGCCUCUUCAGGUGGACUAAAAAUACACCGGAGAACACACACAGGAGAGAAACCAUUCCACUGCUCUGACUGUGGGAAAAGAUUCAAUCAGUCUGGGCAGUUGAUUUUACACCAGCGAAUACACACUGGCGAAAAGCCUUACCACUGCUCAGACUGUGGGCUGCGUUGUACUUCUUCAGGGGAUUUAAAAGUGCACCUCCGAACACACACUGGAGAGAAGCCUUUUGGCUGUGAUCAGUGUGGGAAGAGGUUCGCUCAGUCAGGAAACCUGGCUGGACACAAGAGAACACACACUGGAGAGAAGCCUUUUGACUGUGAUCAGUGUGGGAAGAGGUUCAGUCAGUCAGGAACCCUGUCUGCCCACAAGAGAAAACACCACACUGGUGGGUAACCUUUCCAGUUAAUGGUAGACUAUCGGAGAGAAGCCGUGCAGGGUGAGCUUUCUUAAUGUGGCCAUGAUUGGUGGAACAAGGGAACUUUAACUGUCCAUUUUAAUUCCAUGUUUCUAUUCAUUACAAUAUGAGUGAAAUAGUCUGUGUUUGAAUGGUGUGGGCGUACCCCAAAAACAGAAUGGUGUGGUCGUAUACCGGUCAUUAAAAUGAUCCAUGACAAGUUAACAGUGGAUUGGUCAGCUCAGAGAAAGCAGGGAGGUAGCUCCUCCCCCUCUCUCUGCAAGUUUCAGGCAAGUCUGUCCUUAGGGAUAAGGCAGGGGUCCGUUUUAAAAUGUUCAACCCUGUCCACCAUCCAACUCACCAUGAUCAACCCUGUCUACCAUCCAACUCACCAUCACCAUGAUCAACCCUGUCUACCAUCCAACUCACCAUGUUCAACCCUGUCUACCAUCCAACUCACCAUGGUCAACCCUGUCCACCAUCCAACUCACCAUCACCAUGGUCAACCCUGUCUACCAUCCAACUCACCAUCACCAUGGUCAACCCUGUCUACCAUCCAACUCACCAUCACCAUGGUCAACCCUGUCUACCAUCCAACUCACCAUCACCAUGGUCAACCCUGUCUACCAUCCAACUCACCAUGAUCAACCCUGUCUACCAUCCAACUCACCAUGAUCAACCCUGUCUACCAUCCAACUCACCAUCACCAACCCUGUCUACCAUCCAACUCACCAUCACCAUGGUCAACCCUGUCUACCAUCCAACUCACCAUCACCAACCCUGUCUACCAUCCAACUCACCAUCACCAUGGUCAACCCUGUCUACCAUCCAACUCACCAUGGUCAACCCUGUCUACCAUCCAACUCACCAUCACCAUGGUCAACCCUGUCUACCAUCCAACUCACCAUCACCAUGGUCAACCCUGUCUACCAUCCAACUCACCAUCACCAUGGUCAACCCUGUCUACCAUCCAACUCACCAUCACCAUGGUCAACCCUGUCUACCAUCCAACUCACCAUGGUCAACCCUGUCUACCAUCCAACUCACCAUGGUCAACCCUGUCUACCAUCCAACUCACCAUGGUCAACCCUGUCUACCAUCCAACUCACCAUCACCAUGGUCAACCCUGUCUACCAUCCAACUCACCAUGGUCAACCCUGUCUACCAUCCAACUCACCAUGGUCAACCCUGUCUACCAUCCAACUCACCAUGGUCAACCCUGUCUACCAUCCAACUCACCAUCACCAUGGUCAAUCCUGUCUACCAUCCAACUCACCAUCACCAUGAUCAACCCUGUCCACCAUCCAACUCACCAUCACCAUGAUCAACCCUGUCCACCAUCCAACUCACCAUCACCAUGGUCAACCCUGUCUACCAUCCAACUCACCAUCACCAUGGUCAACCCUGUCUACCAUCCAACUCACCAUCACCAUGGUCAACCCUGUCCACCAUCCAACUCACCAUCACCAUGAUCAACCCUGUCUACCAUCCAACUCACCAUCACCAUGGUCAACCCUGUCUACCAUCCAACUCACCAUGAUCAACCCUGUCCACCAUCCAACUCACCAUGGUCAACCCUGUCCACCAUCCAACUCACCAUCACCAUGGUCAACCCUGUCCACCAUCCAACUCACCAUCACCAUGAUCAACCCUGUCUACCAUCCAACUCACCAUCACCAUGGUCAACCCUGUCUACCAUCCAACUCACCAUGAUCAACCCUGUCCACCAUCCAACUCACCAUGGUCAACCCUGUCCACCAUCCAACUCACCAUCACCAUGGUCAACCCUGUCUACCAUCCAACUCACCAUCACCAUGGUCAACCCUGUCUACCAUCCAACUCACCAUCACCAUGGUCAACCCUGUCUACCAUCCAACUCACCAUCACCAUGGUCAACCCUGUCUACCAUCCAACUCACCAUCACCAUGGUCAACCCUGUCUACCAUCCAACUCACCAUGGUCAACCCUGUCUACCAUCCAACUCACCAUGGUCAACCCUGUCUACCAUCCAACUCACCAUGGUCAACCCUGUCUACCAUCCAACUCACCAUCACCAUGGUCAACCCUGUCUACCAUCCAACUCACCAUCACCAUGGUCAACCCUGU